GCCCUGCAACCGUCCCGAUUCCGUAGUGGCAUAUUCCCGUUGACCAGCAAAUAGAUUACUUUCACAAUAAAUACUAACCCGACAAAUAAAAGGUUUCUUGCGUUGAAGUAGCCAUUAAUAAACAAUGGCGGAAAAAGAAAUAGAUUCAGAUGGAGAGGCAAACAGUGAUCAAAGUUUACAAGCACUUUUUACAAAGGGAUGGCAGGCAUUCGAAGAAUUAGAAGGAUCUUCUUUACCCUUUAAUUCCAGGGAUUAUCAACACAAAGUUAAGGAUACUAUGUCAAUGUUGGAAACUUCUACAACUUUUGUAAAUAAAAUUGCCCUAUUCAGUCCUAAUGAACUCAUAGAUGAAGUGUCAACAGAUUCAUUGCAGUAUUUACUGCUUCCUUUCUUUCUGGGUAAAGUGGCAUUGAAAUUGCACCAGGAAGACCGCGGGGAAGUGCUGCACAUUGCCGAAGUGUAUUUCAAAGACUUCUUGCAACGCUGCGAAGAAUAUGAGUUAUGUGAAAAUCGAAAAAAUAUUUCAGAUAAAUCGGAAGGUAGCAAUACAGAUGAAUUAGCACAACUAAUGCGGGCAGCACAUGUACGCAAUGACAAAAUUGCACAAUUUCGCAAAAAAAAGGAAUUGGAAGAAUUUGUAAAGAAAAUGAAAUUAGCCGUGCGCAGUAAAACCGUUGACGAUGAAGUGCGCAGGGAUUUUUUCCUAAAACUGAUAUAUAAAAGCAUAAUUGACGCAAAUGAAGAAUUGGAUAGUAUUAAGUUGGAAAAGCAAAUGGUAGAAUUGCGUAAAAUUCGUGGAAAUGCAAGUAAUGGUGCUUUAUCGCCACACGAUGGCACUGCUUCCAGUGCAGAAUCUGCGGCUACAAGCUCUCAGAAUGCAGGACACUCUCAUCAGCACCAACAUCACCAUCACGAUACUCUACAACCAAAGAGGAAGCCAAUGCAACCGUUUAUUAUUACACGUAAUGCUGCACAAAAGGCAGUGUUCGGUGCAGGUUAUCCUAGUUUGCCAGUGUUGACCGUCGACGAGUUUUACGAUCAACGUGUGCGCGAUGGCGUUUUCCCUAACGAAGAAAAAGUUGCGAAAAUGAAUCGUGAACAAGCAAUCGCUGCUGCACAAGAUCCCAAUGAGAAAGAAGAUCAGGAGCAGGCUAUUGAGGAAGCGCAAAUCGAGAAUGAUGAUCCAGAGUAUUUAGACCGCAUGCGUCGUAUGGACGAGUACAAGGAUGUUGUUCGCCGUGGAGAUGGGAACCGUUACAAUCGCAGUUGAACUGUAACUUUACAUUGUUUUUUUUUUUAUAUAUACUCUAAAACAUUUACAAAUUAUGUAAUUGGUUUUGCUGCACAUAGAUUUUAAUAAAUAAAUCAUUACUUUAUUAAAGAGAAA